AUGAUAAGCACUACUACAUCUCUCUUCUUGUUUCUCUCUCUACUUGUUAUUUUCUCUUCUCUCCAAGUAUCUUCCAACGGAGACGCUGAGAUAUUGAGUCGGGUCAAAAGGAGUCGGCUUUUUGACCCGGAUGGAAAUUUAGAUGAUUGGGUCAUCACCGGAGAUAAACGGAAUCCGUGUAACUGGACGGGAAUUACAUGCCGCUCUAGAAAAGGUAAUCCUGGUGCCGUCACGGCGAUAGAUCUCUCCGACUAUGGAAUCUCCGGUGGGUUUCCUUACGGCUUCUGUCGUAUCCGCACGCUCGUCAAAAUCACUCUUUCCCAAAACUAUCUCAACGGUACGAUAGAUUCUGCUCCUCUCUCCCUCUGUUCUCGAAUUAAGGUUUUGAUCCUCAACGUAAACAACUUCUCCGGGAACUUACCGGAAUUCUCGCCGGCGUUUCGUAAGUUACACGUCCUCGAAUUGGAAUCAAACCUGUUUACCGGCGAGAUUCCCGAGAGCUACGGGAGAUUUGCUUCUUUGCAAGUUCUGAACCUCAACGGCAACUCGCUCGAUGGAAUCGUUCCAGCGUUUUUGAGUAAUCUGACCGAGUUAACUCGUCUUGAACUAGCUUACGUCGGAUUCGAGCCUGGUCCGAUUCCAUCGGCAUUUGGGAACUUGACGAAGCUGAGUAAUCUUCGACUAACUCACUCGAAUCUCGUCGGAGAAAUUCCGGAUUCGAUAGGGAAUCUGGUUUUCCUAGAGAAUCUCGAUUUAGCUAUGAAUGGUCUCACCGGAGAAAUACCUGUUAGUAUCGGACGACUCCAAUCGCUUUAUCAGAUUGAGCUCUUCGAUAAUCAGCUGUCUGGGAAAUUGCCGGAUGGUAUCGGAAAUUUAACCAACCUGAGGAAUUUCGAUGUCUCGCAGAAUAAUCUCACCGGUGAAUUGCCGGAAAGCAUCGCUGCUCUGCAACUCGUCUCUUUCAAUCUCAACGACAAUUUCUUCACCGGAGAAUUACCACAAGUCGUAGCUCUGAAUCCUAAUCUCGUCGAGUUUAAGAUCUUCAACAACAGUUUCACGGGGACGCUACCUCGGAAUUUCGGAAAAUUUUCCGGAAUAUCUGAAUUCGAUGUUUCCACGAACAAAUUCGUCGGUGAAUUGCCGCCGUAUCUAUGCUACAGGAAGAAGCUUGAAAAGAUAAUCACUUUCAGCAAUCAAUUAAGCGGAAAAUUUCCGGAAUCUUACGGCGAUUGUCUGAGUUCGUGCACUGACUUAACCGAGUUGAAUCUCUCGAAUAACCGUUUCCGCGGCGGAAUACCACCGGAACUCGGGGACCUACCGGUUUUAAACUAUCUGGAUCUCUCAAACAACCAACUCACUGGUGAGAUUCCGUCGGAGCUGUUGAAGCUGAAGCUAAAUCAAUUCAACGUCUCCGAUAACAAUCUGUACGGCAAGAUCCCUUCUGGAUUUCAGCAAGAUAUUUUUCUAUCGAGUUUCUUGGGUAACCCGAAUCUCUGUGGCCCGAAUAUGGAUCCGAUUCGACCUUGCCGAUCCAAACCCGAAACCCGGUACAUCCUCGUCAUCUCUGUUAUCUGCAUCAUUGCACUAACCGGAGUUUUGGUUUGGCUAUUUAUAAAAACCAAACCGUUAUUCCGGAGAAACCCGAACUGGUCCAACAAAGUAACCAUUUUCCAGCGGAUCGGAUUCACCGAGGCAGACAUAUACCCGCAAUUAACAGAAGAUAACAUAGUCGGUUCGGGCGGAUCGGGUUUGGUUUACAGAGUGACGCUCAAAUCAGGUCAGACGCUCGCGGUUAAGAAACUUCGGGAAGGACCGGGUCAAAAACCAGAAUCCGAAUCCGUUUUCAGAUCCGAAGUAGAGAUUCUGGGUCGGGUCAAACAUGCAAACAUAGUAAAGCUUCUCAUGUGUUGCAGCGGCGAGGAGUUUCGGUUUUUAGUGUACGAGUUCAUGGAAAACGGCAGCUUGGGUGACGUUUUGCAUUCAGAGAAAGAACAUCCUGCCGUUUCUCCGCUUGACUGGACGACGCGGUUUUCGAUCGCGGUUGGUGCAGCUCAAGGACUUGCUUAUCUACAUCAUGAUUGCGUUCCGGCGAUUGUCCACCGUGACGUCAAAAGCAAUAAUAUAUUGUUGGACCAUGAGAUGAAGCCACGUGUUGCUGAUUUCGGUUUAGCUAAACCGUUGAAAAGAGAAGACAAUGAUGGUGUCUCCGAUGUUUCUCCAAUGUCUUGUGUUGCUGGAUCCUUCGGCUACAUUGCUCCAGCUUUGUGUUACUCUUCUCCAUCACCUGAAGACGUAGUAGACAUGAAUCAAGAUUCACCUGCAUAUUUUCGAGAUCUUAGCAAGCUUGUGGAUCCAAAGAUGAAUCUGUCGACAGGAGAAUAUGAAGAAAUAGAGAAAGUUCUUGACGUUGCUUUGCUCUGCACGUCGUCGUUUCCGAUUAGUAGACCGACCAUGAGAAAAGUAGUGGAGUUGCUCAAAGAGAAGAAACCAAUUGAGUGA